AUGAGAGUCGAAUUGCAGGAAGACCAGUCUGGAGAAGUGUUUUCCAAACAACUACUCUAUAUUGGUAAUGGUAAUAUUGCUGUUGAUACAUCAUUUACAUUACAUUCCCUACCAAUUUUUGUAACUUUUGUGAAUCAAAGACCGAACUCAUGGAGAUGGUUUUCCCAAAGAUUGCAACGUGUUAUACUGGCCGCAAAAAAUGUUGAUGUGAACGAAAUGAAUUUUCAGAUUCAAGAGAAAAUAGCUGGCGAAUUGAAGAAUUACAAAUCAGUUGAUUCCGUUACUAAUGAAGAUGAAGUUGUCAAUUAUCCAACAGAAUUUUUAAAUUCGCUGGAAUUGCCCGGCUUACCACCUCAUAAUCUGCAAGUAAAAAUCGGAUCAGUAAUUAUUAUGUUACGGAACAUAAACCAGCCACGUCUGUGUAAUGGCACCCGGCUUGCGGUGAAGAAAUUAUUGAACAAUGUCAUCGAAGCCACAAUUUUAAAAGGAAAGUACAAAGGCGAAGAUGUUUUAAUCCCACGCAUCCCUAUGAUACCGAACGACAUGCCAUUCAGCUUUAAGCGUUUACAGUUUCCAGUGCGGCUUGCAUUUGCAAUGUCAAUAAAUAAAUCGCAAGGGCAAUCGCUAAGUGUAUGUGGCAUCAACCUAGAAAAUCCAUGUUUUUCACAUGGCCAAUUAUAUGUCGCCUGUUCCCGUGUCGGAAAACCAUCAACAUUAUUUAUUGACGCGCCAGAACAUAAAACUAAAAAUAUAGUUUAUCAAAAAGCAUUAGAGUAG